ACAAAUAAGGAUCCGUGUUUUGUGUUUUCACCCGUUGCGGGGACCCGGUCGUCGUUUUCACAGUUCUCACAGUUUUCCCCACUCGACUAGAAUUUUCCGACCGAUUUUCCCAUUUUUCGACAUGCCGAGCGGGAAAUUCAAAUUCACGGCCGUCGGGCGGAAGACCUGCGACGCCCUGGAAAAUAAGCAUAACCAAGAACUCCUCAUGAAAUGGUCUUUGAAAGGUCAUAUGAAAGUGAAUUAUUUCAAUUUCAAUGAACCAUUUCAUAUUUAUGAUAUGCAAGACUUUGUCGAUUCCUUUUUUGCAAGUCCAUCUGUCAUCAGCGUGAUACAAGCAGUAGAUUAUAAUACAAAUUCAUGGGUCAAUUUAGGAAUUCCAGCCUCAAAAACUCAAUUUGAAUCUGUACCCUGUAACGUUACAUCUAUGGAUUUUUUCAAAAGAUUGGAAGAAAAUAACAAACUUGUGCUAUCCGGGCGUCUAAUACCAUGCCUCGAAGAAACAGUCGACGAUUUCGAAGGGUUUUACAUUUCGAAUACAUUACAAGCCAUGGUUCUUGAUAAACACGAUGCUUCAAAAGAUUUAUACAAACAAUCUGAAAGGAAUCAGUUUAUUUUUCAACUUUUCAAACACUUGGUGCUCGGAGGGAAGUGGUGUCAGUACGAAGAUACCCUCUCACCUUACUUGGAAGUUACAAAAAGCCUGUAUAAGGAUCUUGUAAGUGUUGAGCGAUACGAGAAAGAGAAAAACUUCUUUAUCAGGUCUGUCGUACUCAAGUGUAAAGCUUAUGGAGAAAACGGCGAACCCAUUUGCCCGACAAAACCUGAUCACAUUCAAAAUUUUAUUUAUCUAAUCAUCGAUCCAUUCAAGAGACAGGUUGCUGUGUUAUAUAAUCAAUUUUGUGAGAUGUUUGUUUGCUGAGAAGUCAUAAAUUAUCAUUCACCCUCA